GCUUCCAGCCGCUUGCUUAAACUGCCGAGGUGACGGCGGCUUGGCUUUCGCGCUUGCUCCGGGUUUCUUUUGGACGCUUUGGGGAAAUCUUUGGAGAGAGCGAAGGAGAAGCAAAACGCCACGAAGCGGACCCGAGGACUAACUGUCCGGCGCGCCGGAUCCUGAGACGCGAAAGCACCCCCCCCCCCCCCCACCAGAUAUCAAUUUCAAAACGGGCUGGAGUGUGAGUUCAGCAUGCAGAGAUUUUAAAUAAUUCUUUAUCGUGAUUUUGAAGUGGGAGGAAAAAGGAUGGCCAAGGUUUUGGAUAUUGAUAAAGGAUCUGAGGGAGGACACAAUGAAUUUAGCAACAUCAUUAAAUCCAGAUCUGAUGAACACAAAGAUGUACAGAAGAAAACUUUCACCAAGUGGAUAAACACUCGUUUUUCUAAGUGUGGAAAACAGCCAAUAAAGGAUAUAUUCACAGAUCUUCGAGAUGGGAGGAAACUCUUAGAACUUUUGGAAGGCCUAACAGGGAAUCCACUGCUAAAAGAACGUGGAACUACCAGAGUUCAUGCUUUGAAUAAUGUCAACAAAGUACUUCAGGUUUUACAUCAGAACAAUGUGGAUCUGGUGAACAUAGGAGGGACAGACAUUGUUGAUGGAAAUCACAAGCUGACUCUUGGAUUGUUAUGGAGCAUAAUUUUGCACUGGCAGGUUAAAGAUGUAAUGAAAGAUAUAAUGUCCGAGCUACAGCAAACCAAUAGUGAAAAGAUCCUGUUGAGCUGGGUGCGGCAGUCCACAAGGUCAUAUAAUGAAGUUAAUGUUUUGAACUUCACCACCAGCUGGACAAAUGGGCUUGCCUUCAAUGCAGUGAUCCACAGGCAUAAACCUGAGCUCUUCAGCUGGGAUAAAGUCAUCAAAAUGGCUCCACUCGAAAGAUUAGAACAUGCCUUCAGCACCGCUAAAAAUUACUUGGGGAUAGAAAAAUUGCUAGACCCUGAAGAUGUUGCUGUACAGCUUCCUGAUAAGAAAUCCAUUAUCAUGUAUUUGACAUCUUUAUUUGAGGUUCUUCCUCAGCAAGUUACUUUGGAAGAUAUUCGAGAAGUAGAGACUCUCCCAAGGAAAUAUAAAAAGGAAUGUGAAGAAGGAGAUAGACAGAGCGCAACAUCUGAAGAUGAUUAUGCAGGUCUAAAAGCAGAAGCACCCAGUACCUUGGCUGAAGUGGAAAUGGAUUUGGACAGUUACCAGGUAGCUCUGGAAGAAGUUCUCACAUGGCUGCUCUCUGCGGAAGAUACGUUCCUAGAACAGGAAGACAUAUCUGAUGAUGUUGAGGAAGUCAAGGAACAGUUUACUACACAUGAAGCUUUUAUGAUGGAGCUGACAGCACAUCAGAGCAGUGUGGGUAGUGUGCUUCAGGCUGGUAAUCAGUUGAUGGCGCAGGGCAAUCUUUCAGAAGAAGAAGAAAAUGAAAUCCAGGAACAAAUGAACUUGUUGAAUUCUAGAUGGGAGGAUCUUAGAGUGGAAAGUAUGGACCGACAGUCCCGCCUCCAUGAUGCACUGAUGGAGCUACAAAAGAAACAGUUGCAGCAGCUGUCUGACUGGUUGACUGUUACAGAAGAACGCAUUCGAAAGAUGGAAUCUCAGUGCUUAGUUGAAGACUUGGAGUCCUUUCAACAACAGAUGGAUGAACAUAAAGGGCUCCAGAAAGAUAUUGAAGCAGAGCAGGUUAAAGUCAAUUCGUUGACUCACAUGGUGGUCAUUGUUGAUGAAAAUAGUGGUGAGAGUGCUACAGCUCUCUUGGAGGAUCAGUUGCAAAGACUUGGUGAGCGCUGGACAGCGGUUUGCCGUUGGACUGAGGAACGAUGGCUCAAAUUACAAGAGAUUAAUAUCUUGUGGCAAGAAUUGUUGGAAGAUCAGUGCAUGUUGAAAGCCUGGUUGGUUGAAAAAGAAGAGGCUUUAAGCAGAAUACAAACAUGCAACUUCAAAGAUCAAACAGAGCUUGGUGCAAAUGUUCGAAAGAUGGCCAGUCUGAAAGAAGACAUGGGAAAGAAGCGCCAGAUGUUAGAGCAGCUGAACGAGAUGGCCCAGGAUUUGGCACAGCUCCUAAACAACAAGAAGGCAUUAAAAAAAAUUGACAGUAAUCUUGAAGAACUAACACAGAGAUGGGACAACUUAGUUCAGAAGCUUGAGGAUUACUCUAAUCAGGUUACUGAGGCAGUUGCAAAAGUUGGGAUGCCCCAGAUUUCUCAGACUGUCUUCCCUGAAACAACCCUGGUCAAAGAACAAAGAACAGCCCAGGAUUUCCAAACAGAACAGUCUCCUCCGCCUCUACCAAGGAGGCGGCAAGCUGGCCUGGAUCCUGAAAUGAGAAAAAAGCUUGAUGUUGAAAUUGCUGAGUUGUUGAAUGAAAUUUUGAAAUCAAAAGCUGCCAUUCAGGCCAUAGAGAUCAAAGAAUACAAGAAGAUGAGAGAGACUUCAGGCAUGAAAGAAAAACUGAAGGCAAUAAAAAAAGAAAGAGUGGAAAAAGAGAAAACAUUGAAUGAAGUGAAUCAGACUGGAGAUAAUCUGCUGGACCAAAUGGGAAAAGAGGGGCUUCCUACUGAAGAUACAGCCAAUGCCCUUAAGAAGCUCUUGGCAGAAUGGAAAGGGGCUGCUUGCUAUUUGGAAGAAGUAGCAAGAAAAGUGCAAUAUCAGGAAGAAAUCAAUAUUUACUUUAGUGAAUUGGGCAAGCUUGAUAAGUCUGUGAGUGAAAAAGAAGCAUGGCUGCAAGACAGUUCUGCAACAGCUCAGCAGCAACCAUUAGCAGCUCUACAGGAGUUGUAUCAGAGGGAACUCACAAACUUCUUAAGUCUGACUCCUCAAAUGGAACAUCUGAAGAUCAAGUGCAAGGAGCUGACAUCUCAUCCUGCUGCUCCAGACUUCAUUGAAGAUAGCUUUUGCUCUUUGAACAGCCGCUUCAGUUCUGCCCAGCAGGAACUAGAACUUUUUCUACAGAGGCUGAAGAGAGAACUUGAAAGUCAGCCCCCUAAGACUUAUUUGGAUUCUUUGAAAAAAAUGAAGGAUGAGCUGAACGAAUUGGAAAGCAAAGUGCACUCCAUCAUGAAUUCUGUAAAUGACAUGACUCAAGUUGAAAAAGCCUUGCAGCAGACAAAGAUGGUUUGUGAAACUCUAGAAAGUCAAAAAGGCAUGGUAGAUAAACUUGUUGAAGACACACAAGUCUUGGAAAAGUGUAUUUCUGCUGAAAAAUCAAAGCUAUAUAAGCAAGAAUUGAAAUGUUUGCAAGGAUACAGGGAUAAAUUAAAACUAAAGAUUUCUAAAGAUGUUCACUUGUUGGAAGAAAUUGUUUCCAAAUUGAGAACAUUUGAGGCUGAUUCAAAAGUAGUUCAGAGGUGGCUGGACUCUGUGAAAGACUUCCUAAUGAAAGACCAAACCAAACAAACAGAACCUGAAUGUCUUCAGAAACAGCUUGAUCAAUGCAUGCUGCUUAUUACUGAGAUGGAAAAGACUGAGUUGUCUUUAAAAGAGAUGAAAGAAAUAGAUUCUUCUUUAAGAGGCCAGCCUGUUAACGCUUGGGUGAAAUCCAAACUGACUGACAUCCAAUCCCAGUGGGACAAACUAAGCAAGCAGCUCAUUAGCCAGAAAAAUCAAUUAUCGGAAAAUCAAGAAAAAGCUGUCAAUCUCAAAAAAGAUUUGGCUGAAAUGCAAGAAUGGAUGACUCAGGCUGAAGAGGAAUAUUUGGAGAAAGAUUUUGAAUAUAAGAAUCCAGAUGAGCUGGAGAAUGCAGUGGAAGAAAUGAAGAGAGCAAAGGAAGAUGUGCUGCAGAAAGAAGUGCGGGUGAAAAUUCUGAAAGACAGCAUCAAAAUGUUAGCUGCUAAACUGCCAUCUGGUGGUCAGGAGUUAACAACUGAGCUUAACCUUGUAUUGGAAAAUUAUCAGCUACUGUGCAACAGGAUCAGAGGGAAAUGCCACACUUUGGAGGAAGUAUGGUCUUGUUGGAUUGAACUUCUACACUAUCUGGACCUAGAAGCAGCUUGGCUGAAUACUUUGGAGGAGAACAUGAAAACUAUUGAGCACUUGCCAGAGAAAGUAGAUGCUGUCAGUGAAGCCCUUGAGUCACUGGAAUCCAUUCUGCGCCAUCCAACUGAUAAUCGGACUCAAAUUCGAGAGCUUGGUCAGACGUUGAUAGAUGGAGGCAUCCUUGAUGAAAUCAUCAGUGAAAAAUUGGAAGUUUUCAAUGCCCGUUAUGAGGAAUUAAGUCAUGUGGCCGUCAGCAGGCAGAUUUCUUUGGAGCAACAACUUCAGAUGAUGCGGGAAACUGAGCACAUGUUGCAGGUUCUUCAGGAAAGCUUGAAGGAUUUGGAUAGGCAGUUAACAUCCUAUUUGACCAAUAGAAUAGAUGCCUUCCAAAUGCCUCAAGAGGCACAGAAAAUCCAAGCUGAGAUUGCUGCUCAUGAGUCCACCUUGGAAGAGCUUAAAAAGAAUGUCUAUUCUUUGAUGCCACCUUCACCAGAGUGCCGAUCUUCUCGUGGUGGGACUCAUUUGGAUGUCUUGCAGAGAAAACUCCGGGAGGUAUCCACAAAGUAUCAGCUGUUCCAGAAACCAGCGAAUUUUGAGCAACGUAUGCUGGAUUGUAAACGAGUUCUGGAUAGUGUAAAGGUUGAACUCCAUAUCUUGGAUGUGAAGGAUAUUGAUCCAGAUAUCAUUCAAUUUCACUUUGAUAAGUGCAUGAAACUCUAUAAGACCCUAAGUGAAGUAAAGCUUGAAGUGGAGACGGUGAUCAAAACGGGAAGGCAGAUUGUACAGAAACAACAGACAGACAACCCCAAAAGCAUGGAUGAACAACUCACAGCGCUGAAAUUUCUUUAUAAUGAUUUGGGAGCACAGGUCACAGAAGGGAAACAAGAUCUAGAACAAGCAUUGCAGCUCUCGUGCAAAUUCAAGGAAGUCUCCUUCUCCUUGUCCAAAUGGUUAGAGGUGACAGAAGCCGAACUGGUGCACAAGUCCACUUCAGAAAGUUUGCUUUCUGAUCUGGACACUGAGAUUGCUUGGGCUAAGAAUGUGCUGAGAGAAUUGGAGAGGAAGAAAGUCGAUUUGAACAAUGUCACAGAAAGCAGUGCUGCCCUGCAGGCCUUAGUGGAUGGAAGUGAGGCUCCUCUGGAGGAAAAACUCUGUGUUCUUAAUGCUGGGUGGAGUAGAGUCCGAACCUGGACAGAAGAUUGGUGCAAUACACUUCUGAACCACCAAAGUCAACUGGAGAUUUUUGAUGAGAAUGUUGCCCACAUAAGCACUUGGCUAUACCAAGCUGAAGCUCUGUUGGAUGAGAUUGAGAAAAAGCCAGCCAACAAGAAAGAGGAGACAGUGAAGCGUCUAACAUCAGAAUUGGAUGAUGUUAGUCUCAGAGUUGAUAAUGUGCGUGACCAAGCUGUUAUGCUGAUGAACAGUCGUGGUGUAUCAUGUCAUGAGCUUGUAGAACCCAAACUGGCUGAACUGAAUAGGAACUUUGAAAAGGUAUCACAACACAUCAGAAGUGCUAAGAUGCUGUUCAGUCAGGACGUUCAUAAAAGGUUUGCUAAGCAGGAGCUCUGUGGAAUUGCAGUGGCUUCUAAAGACCUUGAUAAAUUUGAAUGUGAGAUACAGGAAAUGCUGAAGAUAGUGGAAAAGCACAUGGAAUCAAAAGAAGAUGAUGAAAAGCUGGAUGAAGAAAGAGCCCAAAUUGAGGAGGUUCUGCAAAAAGGUGAGCAUCUGUUACAGCAGCUCAUGGAAGAUAACCAGAGAGAAAAAAUCCGUUUGCAGCUCCUCCUUCUGCAGACCAAGCAAAGCAGCGUAAAGGAGCUUCGGUCAUUACAAAGGAGGCAGGUGGCUGAACUUUCACCCUCAUUUACUCAAUAUCAGAUGGAACCAGAGAGUCACUUGCAGUGGCUCAGUGAAACAGAUACAUGUCUUUCUGGCAUUCAAGAAGCAGAAGAGGAGAAAAUAAAGGAAACCCCACAGAGGAUUCAAGGGCCUCAUUCAUCAGUGAUCAGGGAAUCUCCAUUCCCUGCAGAAUACCUUGUUGAAAUUAACAAGAUUUUGCUGGUUAUAGCUGAUGCUGAGCUCUUGCUAAAUGCUCCAGAACUUCAUUCAGCAAUCUAUGAAGAUUUUUCUACUCAAGAAGAUUCAUUAAAGAAUAUAAAAGAUAUGUUGGAUAAAUUGGAGGAUCAGAUUGCAGUUAUUCAUGAAAAGCAACCUGAUGUUAUACUAGAAGCAUCUGGACCUGAAGCUGUUCAAAUAGAAGAUUCAUUAACCCAACUUAAUGCAGAAUGGGAUAGAAUUAAUAGAAUGUACAAUGACCGUAAAUGUUGUUUUGAUAAGUCUGUAGAGGAGUGGAGACAGUUCCAUUGCGAUUUGAAUGAUCUCUCACAGUGGCUGACAGAAGCAGAAGGGUUGCUGGCUGAAGGCCACUCUCCAGAUGGCAGCCUGGACAUAGAAAAAGCCAAAAUACACCAACAGGAACUUGAAGAGGGAAUCAGCAGCCAUCAGGUCAGUUUUUCAGCACUGAAUAGAACAGGAGAAGAAAUAAUCCAGAAACUUUCCAAUACAGAUGGAAGCUUCCUGAAAGAAAAACUAGCUGGGCUGUAUAAACGCUGGAAAACCAUCAGUGUUGAAAUCAUGGAAAGGCAACAGAGACUGAAAGGAAAAAAUCAGCAAUUAAUGGAUUUCACACAAAAACUAGAAGAAAUUAGUUGCUGGGUGGAAAAUGUAGAAAAUUCCCAGGAUGAGAAACCUUCAAUCAGCCAUGAAGAGAAUUUGCAAGAAUUAAUGGGACUGAUUAAGGAAAUGGAUAUACAAGGAGAGAAACUGAAGUGGCUAAACAGAAAAGAAGCAGAGGUAUUUUCAAGCAUUGGGCCUCAGGAAAGAGAGAAUAUUUCUGAUAGGCUGAACAUCCUGAAUAUUAAAUGGAAGAAGGUGUUCAAGGAAGCACCCAGCAGAUUGAGAGAACUGGAGGGGCAUGUUCAUCAGCAGCAUCUUGUGCCAAAGUCUUCUGGUUUCCCUGUUCUCCAAAAGACAGUGCUAGUGUCUUCUGCCUUGGAAAAUGUUGCACAAAUUCAGCAUCCUUUGGAAAUCUCUACACCUGCUGAUUUGGAUCAGACUACGACAGAAUUGGCUGACUGGUUGGCAUUGAUUGACCAGAUGCUAAAGUCCAACAUAGUUACUGUUGGAAAUAUUGAAGAAAUCAAUCGGACGAUUGCACGCAUGAAAAUAACAAAAGAUGAUUUAGAACAUCGACAUCCCCAGUUGGAUUCUGUUUUUACCUUGGCUCAAAAUCUGAAAAACAAAACAUCAAGUUCUGACUUAAGGACAGCGAUCACAGAGAAAUUGGAGAAAGUUAAGAACCAGUGGGAUGGUACUCAGCAUGGGGUUGAAGUACGUCAGCAUCAGCUGAAAUGCAUGCUUAGUGACAGCAUGAAGUGGGAUGACCAUAAGCAAGAAAUGGAGAAGUUAAUUGGACAGUAUGAGAUCCAUCUGCACGCUCUCUUACAAUCUCCUAAAGAGAAGCUCACCAAACAAAUUUCAGAAAACAAAAUACUAAUGCAAGAUCUAGAUAAAGGAGAUGCCAGGAUGAUCUCAUUUAAUGAUCUGUCAAAUAAACUUCUUCAAGAUUACAGUGAUGAUGACACAAGAAAUGUGAAGGAAAUUAUGAAUCACUUGAAUACCUCAUGGAUUAACCUGAAGCAGAGGACUUGCAGUCGGCAGAGUGGUUUGGAGGCUGACCUGAAGACCGUGCAUGCCUUGCUCAGAGACCUUGAAAAGUUCCUCAAGUGGAUACAAGAAGCAGAAGCUACAGUUAAUGUCCUUGCAGAUGCAUUGCAACGGGAACCGACUACUCUGGCCAGUGCUCCUGGAAGGGAACUGAAAAAGCAGAUUGAGGACAUCCAGGCUGAAAUUGAUGCUCACAAUGAUAUCUUCAAGAGCAUUGAUGGAAACAGGCAGAAGAUGGUAAAAGCUUUAGGGAACUCUGAGGAGGCUGCACUGUUACAGCAUCGUAUUGAUGACAUGAACCAACGUUGGAAUGAUCUGAAAGCGAAAUCAGCCACUAUCAGGUAAGAUCAGUCCUGCACAACUAAAAAAGGGAAAGGGCCACACUGAUACACUAACAAUAAUUGCGGGCCACAGAAGAAUAGCUGGCAAGCCAGUCAGCUGUUUGGGAACUAGUGGUGUGGCGGAAAUGCUGGAGCUGGCAGUAUUGGUGAGAGGCACUUGACACCUUGUCUUUCAGGGCGGAGGUGGCUGUGAAAAACUAGGCAGUGGUGUAUCCUUCCAGGUUGCAGUGAUAUUUGGUGGCAUUGGAUGUGUUAAGUUUUAAAAAAAUGCUGGUGAGCCUCACAAAGCUUCUUGGUGGCCACA